AUGCCACCAAAGAAGAAGCAGCAGCAACAGCCUGCUAAGAAGAAGGACAAUGUUGACAAAACGUUCGGUAUGAAGAACAAGAAUAAAUCCACCAAGGUGCAAAAAUUCAUCAAGCAAGUUCAAUCACAGCAGGAUCCUGCAAAGGAAGAAAUGAAACGGAAGAAGUUGGAAGAAAAGAAGAUGAGAGAGGCUGCAGAGGCAGAAAGAAGAGCUUUAUUCAAUCCGGUACUGGACCAGAAGGUGAAAGCUGGUGUGGAUCCUAAAACUGUGCUCUGUGCGUUAUUCAAGAUUGGUAAUUGUAACAAAGGUGCACGCUGUAAGUUCUCGCAUGAUAUGAAUGUCGGACGUAGAGUGGAGAAGAGAGAUUUGUAUCAGGACACAAGAAGUGAAAAGGAAGAAGAUACUAUGGACAAUUGGGAUGAAGCUAAGUUGAGAAGUGUGAUUUUGUCCAAGCAUGGUAAUCCUAGAACAACCACUGAAAAGGUUUGUAAAUAUUUCAUCGAAGCUGUCGAAAACGGUAAGUACGGGUGGUUUUGGAUUUGUCCUAACGGCGGUGAUAAAUGUAUGUACAAGCACUCCUUACCGGAAGGAUUCGUAUUAAAGACUAAAGAACAGAAGAGGUUAGAAAUGGAGGCCUUUGAGAAGAAGCCAAAGAUCACUUUGGAAGAAUUCAUCGAAACCGAAAGGGAACGCUUGGAUAAGAGAAAUUUGACACCAAUUACAAUGGACAACUUUGCUGAAUGGAAGAAGAACCACAGAAUUGAAAGGCUCAAUCUAGAAAAAGAGAAUAACUUGAAGAAAAAACCUAGUGGACGUGAAGUCGUGCUGAAGAAAUAUACAGAAGACAAGAGAUUUGAUCUCGUCGAUGAAACUGAUUCCACGAACGGUUCAGCGUGGGAUUUGACCGAGUUCACAAAAGCAUUAAGAGAUGAAGAUAGUAAUGGAUCUAGUGGAAUCAAAGAUUAUGGUGAUGGUAGUAAUCCUACUUUUGAACUGCCUAGCAGAGAUGGCCCAUCUAAACAAAGCACUACACUUACUGCCUGA